AUGGUUCCUAAGAUCACAUCCAUGGCGGUUACUAGACCUCUCUUCUCCGUAUCUUGCUCAUUCCUCUCCUUCUCUCUACUCUUCGUCGUCUCGCUUCUCUUCUUCUUCUCCAAUUCCUUCAUAUCCGACCCAAAUCCGAGAAUUUCACACGAUACUUUCCAAAACGGCAUCAAUGUCUACGUCGCCGAGCUUCCAAGAUCCCUGAAUUACGGUCUUCUCGAGAAAUACUGGUCCUCCUCUUCUCCAGAUUCUCGUAUACCCAGCGACCCGGAUCACCCGACCCGACGAACCAAUUCACCCAAACCCGGUAAGUACCCACCGUACUCGGAGAAUCCGCUGAUUAAGCAAUACAGCGCCGAGUACUGGAUCAUGGGAGACCUCGAGACUCCACCGGAGAAACGAAUCGGAUCUUUCGCUAAAAGAGUUUUCACUGAAUCAGACGCCGAUGUAGUCUUCGUACCGUUCUUCGCCACUCUAAGCGCGGAGAUGGAGCUUGGAAACGGCAAAGGCUCCUUUCGGAAGAAAUCUGGAAACGAAGAUUAUCAGAGGCAGAGACAAGUUCUCGAUUUCGUCAAGAACACUAGAGCUUGGAACCGAUCCAGAGGCCGUGAUCACGUUUUCGUUCUCACCGACCCAGUUGCAAUGUGGCACGUUCGUGAGGAGAUUGCUUUGUCGAUUCUCUUAGUGGUGGAUUUCGGAGGAUGGUUCAGGCUAGAUUCCAAAUCAUCCAAUGGAACUAGCAGCUUCCCUCCCGAGAGGAUAGAGCAUACUCAAGUCUCUGUCAUCAAGGAUGUGAUUGUUCCAUACACUCAUCUUCUUCCUCGACUUGAUCUGUCUCAGAACAAGAAACGUCACAACCUUCUUUAUUUCAAAGGCGCCAAGCACAGACAUCGGGGAGGAUUGAUUAGAGAGAAGCUAUGGGACUUGCUGGUGGAUGAAGACGGAGUUGUGAUGGAAGAAGGUUUCCCAAACGCGACGGGAAGAGAACAGUCGAUAAGAGGAAUGAGGAGCUCAGAGUUCUGCUUGCAUCCAGCUGGUGACACUCCAACUUCAUGCCGUCUCUUUGACGCCAUACAAAGCCUAUGCAUCCCUGUGAUUGUCAGCGACAUUAUAGAGCUUCCCUUUGAGGGGAUCAUCGAUUACUCGGAGUUCUCGGUGUUCGUCUCUGUCAGCGACGCGUUGACGCCUAAAUGGUUGGCGAAUCACCUCAGGAGGUUCUCUGAGAGAGAGAAGGAAACGUUGAGAAGUAGAAUGGCUAAGGUUCAGACGGUUUUCGUGUUUGAUAAUGGUCGAGGAGCCGGUGGGAUUGGACCGGUAGAGCCUGAUGGUGCGGUGAAUCACAUAUGGAGGAAGGUUAUGCAGAAAGUGCCAAUGGUGAAGGAAGCAGUGGUUAGAGAGAUGAGAAAACCAGCUGGUGCUUCUGUUCCUCUUCGAUGUCAAUGUAUCUGA